AUGGACUACACUAUGGAAGACACUCAAAACUCGGCGCCCGAGGCGCUGGAAGCCUCCAAGCUGAACACCUCGAGCCAGCGCAAUGAAACUCAGAGCGUCACGAAGCGCCUGCAGGCCGAAUUGAUGCAGCUCAUGAUCCAGCCCUCGCCCGGCAUUUCCGCCUUCCCCGACGCCGACGGCAACUUACUCUCCUGGACAGCGACCAUUACUGGCCCGACCGAGACUCCUUACGAGGGUUUGAACUUGAAGCUUUCAUUCGCCUUCCCCAACAACUAUCCCUACUCUCCGCCGACCGUCCUCUUCAAAACUCCCAUCUACCAUCCCAACGUCGAUUUCUCCGGCCGUAUCUGCCUGGACAUUCUCAAGGACAAAUGGAGCGCCGUUUAUAACGUGCAGAGUGUCCUGCUGAGUCUGCAGAGUCUUCUGGGCGAGCCCAACAACGCGAGCCCGCUCAACGCCCAGGCCGCCGAACUCUGGGACUCCGACCAAGAGGAAUUCAAGCGCCAUGUCCUCGCCCGCCACCGCGACCUUGACGACGAUUAG